UGUGAGCAAAAUAACAUGGCGGCCAAAACAAUGCUGCACUGGAGCUGAAAAGUUACGUUUUCUUUGGAAUUUCUCGUGGCAUGUUCAUGCUCACCGUCACAGACAUCUAUCAUCCUACUUCGAAAAAUUCUAGCACGAUCAUCUUACAUUUUUAGGUCCCAUUAUCAGGAUGUACUGUCUGCAAUGGCUCAUUCCGGUACUGCUGAUUCCAAAACCGGUGAACCCCGCGCUUCUGCAGACUCACGUCAUGUUCAUGGCCCUCUACCUGAUCAGCUUCUUCCUUGAGCGCAAGCCGUGCACCAUCUGCAGCGUCGUGUUCCUCAUAGCAGUGUCGCUCAUUUGCUACUCGGGUUACAAUGGCUUCGGCGGCAACUGUCUCUUCUGGAAUUCAGACUGCUCGGCCACGAGUGAUAAUUGAAGAACAAUCCGUUGCGGUGCGCGUGUUUUGUGAUAUGACGACUCUACUCACCUUGUUAGCGGAAGGGCGGGAGCCUGUUUUCUUCCUUGUUGACCAUCAAAUUUAUUAAAUUCAUACUUCUUGUUGAACCUUGUAACGUUGUACCCCUGAUGUGAUUUUUAAUAAAUUGAUGCCUAUAUGUAUAUAUAUCACAUUAAA